GCUACUCUCAAGACUAUCCUAAAAACACUUAUUUUGGUGGCGUGAGAUGUGGGGUUAAGUCGGUUCUCAUGUCGGUUACAUUUAGAACCCAAUCCCGCCAUGGAUACUCUGUAAAAUUUUCACCAUACUUUCCCAACAGGCUAGCCUGUUCGUCCUCCCAGUAUUAUGGCAUCGCAGGGUGUGGAACACUGUUUGUAUUAGAGCUGAGACAAGACCAUUUAGUGGUAGUUCGUACAUUUGACUGGAGUGAUGGCUUGUUUGACGUGGCUUGGUCAGAAAACAACGAGAAUGUGCUGGUGACAGCAAGUGGAGAUGGGAGCCUCCUUGUUUGGGAUGUCCUGCAGGAACAGGGUCCACUAAAAGCAUUCAAGGAGCAUACCAAGGAGGUUAAUUCUGUUGACUGGAGUCUGACUCGUGGCGAGAAUCUUGUGGUGACAGGAUCAUGGGAUACGUUGAUCAAAAUCUGGGACUUACAUUCAGCCCAGUCUCUAGUGACCUUCAGAGGUCAUGAUUCCAUCGUCUACUCUGCUGGGUGGUCACCACAUAUACCAGCAUGUUUUGCCUCUGUGUCAGGCGACCAAACCUUGCGAGUGUGGGAUGCUCGUAAACCAAACUUCCCAACUUGUGUUAUACCUGCUCACAGUGGUGAGAUUCUCACGUGUGAUUGGUGCAAAUACGAUCAGAAUGUUCUCUUCACUGGCGGCGUGGAUGGACUGAUACGAGUCUGGGAUGUCAGGAAUACCCGGCAACAAGUGUGUGAACUACGCGGACACCAGUAUGCCAUCAGGAGAAUCAGGACUUCACCGUUCAUGGCGACCAAGCUCAUCUCCUGCUCCUAUGACUUCACAACUCGGAUCUGGGACUACACUCGUCCUGAGGCCCUGGAGGUGAUUGAGCACCACACAGAGUUUGUGUAUGGCCUGGACUUCAACCUGCAUGUUCCUGGACAGAUAGCAGACUGUGGCUGGGAUGAGCUUCUCCAUGUGUUUCAACCCCAGUCCUGUAUCCCAGCACCCUAAGGGUGUCCCAGAAUGCUGGGCUAGUUCACAGUGAGAAUACUUGAAAUUUCAAAAUGUGAAUUGUAUAUUUUGUUUUAUUUAUAAUUAUGAAGGUAAAACCCUGUAACAUUGAUUUUAAUAUUACGUGAACGUGUAUAUUAUGAGUGUGUGCAAAUAUAAAUUAAGUAUAUUGAUACUUUACUGUGAUUGAAUAAAAAUGUAUUUUUUGAUGAAUUGGUGAAUUUGAUGAAUAUUGACUAUAUUCAAGUGUUUGACAAAUAAAUGUAAGAACAGAGUUCCAUUUUAUUUGAUUACCCAGAUCCUGUACUGAACUGUGAACCUUUCCAUGUCCACUCAAAAAUGGUCCCUGUAUCAUAUAACAAUAGAUCCAUAUCCUUACUAUGUCAGUAAAGGAAUAGUCUAUGGACCAUUUUUUAAGUGCAACUCUGGUCCUGCUACCUCAGCCUUUUAUGUCCAUGAUCCCUUAUCUAGUCAUGAAUACAAUUAUUCUUCAUCUGUCAGUUUCAUUGUACAUGUCAGUGGAUUUCACAGGUUUUCCAUUCCAUCAUGCUUUGUCCUUUUAUGCUACAAAUGAGGAGGACAAGUGUGUUUUUCCUCAUAAUGGAUAUCAGAGAAACUUCUGAUGCUGUUUCUGUGCUGUUAGAUGUUUGAAUUUCCACUGAUGGGUAUCCAUAUCAUUGUCAUUUGUCUUGUAUUUGUUCAUGUCAACAUGUGUACUCUUUUAUCAGGUAUCUACAUCAAUCUUUACAGGUCCCUUUUCAUAAAUAAUCAGAAAAAUAAUUAUUAAACAACAAAAGUGAU